AUGGCACAAAGAGGAACGCGCAUAGGGCCGCUGCCUGGGGGUCGCCGGGGCGCGUCUGGAGCUGGCGCUGGACGCGGCAGCAUGCGGGCCGCCAGCCGAGCGCGAGGAGCUGCACGAUCAACUAGCAGCCCCUCGCAUCCAUCAUCCCCACCAGAAGGCUUGGUGUCGGCUGGGUCUUCUCGGACUCAGCAAGCGGCACCCGCCGCUGGUGGAGCACGUCGCAUGCGUUGGACAAAACCUAUGAAUGAAAACGCAUUGCGGGCGUACUAUAGGGCGAAAGGGGAAGAAACUGUGGGAAUAGCGUAUAGGUCUCGGAUGCAUUGCUUUUUUGCUGAGCUGGAGCCUUCUACCCCCGUCACGGAACAAAACCUGGCAGACCGAGUUCGGUACAUCAUGCGCUCGAAAAUAUUUGAUGAUGCCGAACUCGGACGACUACGACGUGAGGCUAUUCCGUCGUCGAAUGAAUCGGCUAUGGCUGGAGAUGCAGCUCCACAUUCGACAGACCAGCAUCCACACGUGGAAGCCGCCCUGGAUCUUCCCGUUGUGGUUGAUUCGAACGACGAUGAAAUAGUCUCCCACGAACUAGAGAAAAUGAGGAGUAUACUGGAAGAGGCGAUUUUGGAAACGCGCAGCACCCCUAUCGAAAAUCGACCGCGACUUCCCCCGCAUACCCCUAAGCAAGCGAAAUCGGGCUGUCGUGAGGGCUCUUAA